GGUUCUUGAGGGGAAGAAAGUAUUUUGUUUUUCGUUUGGCGAUUUGGGUUUUCUUGCAAGUGGAAGACAGGUUUCCCUUUGUUAUAUUUGACUUAUUUUCUGAAAUGGGUUUGAGCUGUUUUAGGUGAUUCUUUGGGGAAUUCUUAUGAAAUUGGACUCAGUUGUGGGACUAUUUUGGUAUAAUUUUAUAUAGUAGGGAGGUGGGGGGUGGUUGGAAAUUCGGAUUUCUCGGGGCAUUUGAUGAUUUUUGGGUCUGAAAAAGAUGGGAUUAGGUGAUGAUGGCUUAAAAGUGGAGUCUUGGGAUGUGAAGAAAUCAAAGGGGAGGAAGAAAAAAGAUGAUGAAGCUGUGGAGGAGACUGGAUGUUGCAUCAGGUUAAGGUUUUUUGGCUGCUGUAUUUCUUCAAGAUCUAAAGUUGAUAGCUCUAUUAGUGGCAUCAGCACCCACGAAACUAAAUCUACAAAUGAUACCAGUAGAGACCAACCAGUUGCCACUGUAAUCCCUUCCACCACCACAAGCAAUGCUGAAAGCAAUUCUUCCAGCACCAAACUUGAGGAGGAGCUUAAAGUUUCUUCUCGGCUGCGGAAGUUCACUUUUAAUGACCUUAAGUUGGCCACCAGAAAUUUUAGACCAGAAUCUCUUCUUGGUGAAGGGGGAUUUGGUUGUGUGUUCAAGGGAUGGAUUGAAGAGAAUGGUACAGCACCCGUUAAACCAGGGACAGGACUUACUGUUGCUGUCAAAACCCUGAAUCAUGAUGGACUUCAGGGUCACAAAGAAUGGCUGGCUGAAGUGAAUUUUUUGGGCGACCUUGUUCAUCCUAAUUUGGUUAAAUUAAUUGGUUACUGCAUUGAAGAUGAUCAGAGGCUGCUUGUCUAUGAGUUCAUGCCUAGAGGAAGCUUGGAGAACCAUCUAUUCAGAAGGUCUCUGCCACUUCCUUGGUCUAUCAGAAUGAAAAUUGCUCUAGGUGCUGCAAAUGGGCUAGCUUUUCUGCAUGAGGAAGCCGAAAGACCGGUGAUAUAUCGUGAUUUUAAAACGUCUAACAUCCUGCUGGAUGCUGAAUAUAAUGCAAAACUUUCUGAUUUUGGACUUGCCAAAGAUGCUCCAGAUGAAGGAAAAACUCAUGUUUCUACUCGUGUGAUGGGAACAUACGGUUAUGCAGCCCCAGAAUAUGUCAUGACAGGGCAUCUUACAUCAAAAAGUGAUGUCUAUAGCUUUGGUGUUGUCCUGCUUGAAAUGCUCACGGGCCGAAGAUCAAUGGAUAAAAACCGGCCUAAUGGGGAACAUAACCUUGUGGAAUGGGCUAGGCCACAUCUGGGUGAGAGGAGACGGUUUUAUCGUCUGAUAGAUCCUCGGCUAGAAGGCCAUUUUUCGAUUAAAGGUGCCCAAAAAGCUGCACAAUUGGCGGCCCGCUGCCUUAGUCGGGAUCCCAAAGCCAGACCUCUGAUGAGUGAAGUUGUUGAAGCUUUGAAGCCUUUGCCAAACCUCAAGGAUAUGGCUAGCUCAUCUUACUACUUCCAGACGAUGCAAGCUGACCGGGCCAGCUCCAGCCCCAAUGGGAAAAAUAGCCUUAGAACUCAGGGUUCAUUCUCAAGAAACGGACAGCAAAAUCCAAGAAGCCUCUCAAUUCCAAGUGGUACUAAUGCUUCACCGUAUCAUCAGUUUGCUCACAAUUCACCAAAACCAAACAGUAAACCAUAGAAUUGGGUCAGCCUUCCAUUCUUUUGUCCUUAAGGCCAAUAUGGAAGUAUGUCGUUUGCCUCUGGUCGGAUUACUGGAAAAGAUACGGAUUCUAUUGUUAUGUGACCUUAAGAGGGACAGAACUCCCACUUGGAGACAAUGUAAUGAGAACGGAGGUGAAGUGUAUCAAGUAAAUGUUUACAUGUCAAAUCCAUCCUCAAUCUCUAACCAACCCCCACCAAAAAAAAAA